UAUACUGAAUAUUUAUUAACUUUCAUUACAAAAAUAUAACUAGUACUAAGGUUCGAUUUAACAAUGGAGUUACAUAAAGCCGGAAAGGAUUUAUUUCUUGUUUUUAUCAUUUUCAGAGCAUAUACAUCAGUCGAGAUGCAUAUUUUAGAAAAUAUGGCACUUGGAAAGCAUGCUUUUCAGUCAAGCACACACCAUGGUAGUGUAGCAGAUAGGGCUGUGGACGGAACCCUGUCACAAGAUGCGUCAGAUAACUCCUGUUUUCACACAGAAAGUGAAACCAAUGCUUACUGGGAGGUGGACUUGGGAGAAAUGGUUUUCAUUAAUCACGUAACCAUAUACACGAGAAGUGACCUUUGGGGUCCCUAUUCUGAAAGACGACUUCGAGAUAUUGAACUGUACAUUGGUCCUAGCAGAAACGAAUACACGCGGUAUGGGUUUUACGAAGGUGUUCUUCCAAAAGGUAUCAUUCACACAUUCAACCUUACCAACACAGUGUUUGGACAAUGGGUGAGAAUUACAAGAUCAGAAUCAGUAGUAGAAUUCUUUGAACUUUGUGAAGUUGAGGUAUAUGGAUACCCUUCCGCAUAUCGCUACAUAUUGAACAAAAGACGUGCAGGUGUCCAUGUAUUGAACAUAGCUCUAAGUCAGUCCUUAUCCAUCCUCCAUUGCGCUUUAAUAUGCUACAAUACUAACGUCUGUUACGGAGCAACAUUUCAUGAAGACACCCGCAUGUGUGAAUAUCUGACGUCUGUCACAGGCGUUGAGGCAGACGACACAUCUAUGUUGAUUCCACUAGGAUGAUACUUUUGACCAAUUACAAGUUCAAAGGCAUAGAAACUUAGUUCUUUUUAAAGUGGUCUCAACGGAUAUUUGAACUGAAUG